AUGCAAAUAAUACCGUCUCUCUUGGCCUCUCUGUUGUUAUGGGCUGCUCCGUCGCUUGGAUGGGUACAGCUGCCUCCUUUUCAGCACACAACCAGCUCUGCAGUUUCGUCCUUCCACACCCGACUAGACGCAGCAGCUCGCAUUGCCGUUCCAGCGUCGGAAUUGGAUGCGGAUCUGACAUCCGAUGAACGCACCGUGGUAUCGGUAGUGCGCAGCUGUGGUCCUUCUGUGGCCUUUGUGACUUCGGUGUUGCCCUUGGAAAGCACCAGUAACAGUGGUAGAAGAAGACGACGCUGGACUGGGACGCCAAAACCCAACAAUCGCACGGAAACCAAAACAUUGCCACGAGGACAAUCCUUGGGAUCUGGCUCGGCAUUUGUGGUGGACGAAACUGGAUAUCUGGUCACCAACUACCACGUCAUUGAAUCGGCCUAUCGCAUGAUUGCCGCUUCCAAGGCAGUGGAUGCCAUGGUAGACGGUCUGGUCGCCAAUGCUACCAACUGCACGGGAUUCUCCUACGACUUUUGGAAUUCCACCGUGCAGUCUCUGUUACAGCCAUCUUCACUGCCAUUGCCACAAAUCUACGUGCGUCUCAACAGUGAAACACGAUAUCAAGCAUGUCGUGUCGUUGGUGUCAAACCCGAUCUCGAUGUGGCGGUGCUUCAAGUACUAACAGAAGAUACUGAUACAAACAAUAACAACACUGCCGUUGUUGUGGCACCGGCCGUCCAUUCCGUUACGACCGGCGUGGUGUCGGCUGUGGAUAGAGAAUUGAACACGGUGGGAGGACGCAGUCGGACCCGCAUCACUCCCAUUCAAGGAUGUAUUCAAACCGAUGCCGCCAUCAAUCCAGGAAACUCGGGAGGUCCACUCCUGAGUUUGAAAGGACAAGUGGUGGGUGUCAACACGGCCAUUGUCUCCACAUCCGGAAGCAAUGCCGGAAUUGGAUUUGCCGUACCCAGUGAUCAAAUUCAACCCGUCGUCGAAAAAAUUAUACUCAACGACAAGGCUAGCAGUAGUAGUAAAAAGGGACGUGGAUGGUUGGGAGUUUCCAUGGUCGAUCGACGCACUCUUGACAACAGCAACAAUACGCUCGGCGAAAAGAAUUGGGUGGCUCGGGUAGAACCCCACUCACCAGCGGAAAAGGCAGGAAUUCGAGCCAUUCAAAUUUUGGACAAUGGAUCCGUCCGAUACGGGGACGCCAUUGUGGCCAUUGCUGGAAAGACGGUCGAGACAUUUGUCGAACUGCAAACAGAACUCAAAAAGUGCGUCGUGGGAGAAAACCUGACCGUGACUUUGGAAGAUGAGCAAGGAGAACGACGGGUCGUGUACAUUGAUUUGGAAGCGAGACCGUAA